UGAAAACGGCAGCGUCGUGGUGUCUGUGAAAGGAAAUGUUUCAUGUCCAAACAGCAAAAAUGACUUCAGUUCAGGCUUUGAGAAAGUUUAUUAACGAGCGACUAACUGCUGAUGCUGGAGAAAUCUUCACCGUGUUUGAACAAACCAUCUACCCGUAUAAAGAGGAGCUUGACCGACAGAACAGGCUGCUGGAAAUCAUCUUUAAACCUCAAGUGAAACUCCACAGAACAGAGAGUCCACAGCAACACAUCGGUAAGCACAAGACGAGCUCCAUUCAGGAGCAGGAGGAACAUGAAGCUCCACACAUUAAACAGGAGGAGGAUAUCAUUGAGGUGACUGUUACUGAUGGUGAAAGUGACGAUUCCCUGGACUCUGUGAGAGACUUGACCACCCAGAGACUAACUGCUGCUGCUGUGGAAAUCUUCACCGUGUUUGAGCAAACUAUUGUCCAGUACAAGAAGGAUAUUGCCCGUCAGGACAGACUGCUGGAAAUCACCCUGAAACCUCAAAUUGAGUUACACAGAACAGAACUUCAACAGGAUCAUGACUGGAGAAAAGAUCAGGUCUUUAAACAGGAAUCAAGCUACGAUCUAGAGCAAGGAGAACCAGAACCUCCGCAGAUCAAAGAGGAACCAGAAGAACCAGGACUUCUACAGUUUGAAGAGGGCCACGAGGAACCAGAACCUCCACAGAUCAAAGAGGAACCAGAAGAACCAGGACUUCUACAGUUUAAAGAGGACCACGAGGAACUAGAACCUCCACAGAUCAGAAAGGAACAAGAAGAACCAGGUCAAAAUUACGACCAACAGGAUAAGUUGUUGGUCCAUAUAGGAUCUCGCACAGGUGAGAAGCCGUAUUCUUGUGAAACAUGCGGGAAAAGUUUCAGUCGAAAGAGUUAUUUGUUGGGCCAUAUGAGAACUCACACAGGUGAGAAGCCAUAUUCUUGUGAAACAUGCGGGAAAAGUUUCAGUCAAAAGAGUUAUUUGUUGGUCCAUAUGAGAAUUCACACAGGUGAGAGGCCAUAUUCUUGUGAAACAUGUGGGAAAUGUUUCUGUCGAAAGAAUUAUUUGUCGGACCAUAUGAGAAUUCACACAGGUGAGAGGCCAUAUUCUUGUGAAACAUGUGGGAAAAGUUUCAGUCAAAAGAGUUAUUUGUCAGACCAUAUGAGAACUCACACAGGUGAGAGGCGGUAUUCUUGUCAGACAUGUGGGGAACGUUUCAUUCAACGCAGUAAUUAUUACUUCCACUUGAAAACUCACACAGGUGAGAAGCCACAUUCUUGUGAAACAUGUGGGAAAAGUUUCAUUCUAAAUAGUAAUUUGGUAAGCCACUUGAGAACUCACACAGGUGAGAAGCCAUUUUCUUGUGCAACAUGUGGAAAAAGUUUCAGUCUCAAUAGCAAUUUGGUAAGCCACUUAAGAACUCACACAGGUGAGAAACCAUAUUCUUGUACAACAUGUGGGAAAAGUUUCAGUCACAAGUGUUCUUUGUCGAUGCACUUGAAAACUCACACAGGCGAGAAGCUGUAUUCUUGUGAAACAUGUGGAAAAAGUUUCAGUGCAAAUUAUAAAUUGUUGUACCAUAUGAGAAUUCACACAGUUUAGAAUGCAUGUGGAAUGCAUUUCAAUCAAAAGCAGUCCUUUGUUGUAUCACAUUAGAACUCGCAUAUGAGAAGACUUUCUCUUGCAAAACGCAAGAUUGGAUUUUCUAAUCACAGUUUAUUUCUGCAAUAUGGGAAAUGUCGGAAACCUGAGGCUCAAAUCACAAACCAUAUCGUCCAUUGUGUGUUUUUUAAAUAUGAAUAAGUUGGAAUUAACUAUCUCUCGUUGAGAAAAUCAUUCAGGGCGUGGAACGUGGCCCAUGUCAGAUUUUAAUGUUCCUGGUUUUAAUGAGUCAUGCUGGACUGUUUAAAAUCAAGGUUGUUCUGAAGUUAUCAUGUUUUUUUUUUUUUUUCAAAUUAAGACAUACAUUUUUGUGGCUUAUUACAUAAUGCACCAAAUUAUUACAUUUUUUCCAAAGCCAUUUUUUACAUCCACAUUAUGUAACAACCGGUGCGACACAUAACAACUUAUUACAAAAUGCAGCAAACUUUAUUACAUAUUGCGUUUGAGAAUUUUAUUCCAAAAUGCGGUAAGUUUUUGCAAAAUGCGGCAUUAUUACAUAAUGUGGUGCUACAAGGCUGCUAAAGAGUUUGCUCUGUAUUGUUUGAUAUGAUUUGUUUGUAUUAUAACACUGAAUGAAAUAAACUAAAAAAGUGUCAACAAGGACCUUUUUGGAUCAACAA